AUGACUUCCCUCGUUACCAGUUUGUGGGAGUCGGUAUUCACUCCAGGAACCACUCCAGCAUUGGUGCUUUCGACGCAUCUCUCGUUUCUAUGCUUAAGUGUGACGCUGAUCUCGUUGAUCUUUAUAAACGGUUCAAUCCAUUUUGUGAACUUGUUGGUAAUUGCACUGCUAUUAUGGGGAACUGUCACCUGGUUCAUUGGUGAACUUGAAAGAGAAAAGAGUAAGUUGAAAAGCAAUGAACAGUUACAAGAGGAGUCCAAGGUAGACCAAUCUACAACCGAAAAGACAAAAACCUCAGCUGAGUCGAAGGAUUCUGAGCCAAAAAAGGUAAAAUGA